AUGAGGCGGCAGAGAAGGCGGCAGCAGCAGAGCGGUCCCCCGCCGACUACAGGUCUCCGGCUCCCAACAGCCCCAUCAGGCACCGCGGAGACUCCACGUUCCCGCCCGCCCACUGCGUCGGUCCGAACGCCGCGGCCUCCCGCGUUGUCGCCAAUCAGCGUGAAGGUCCCGCCUCUCGCACUGCAGUCGACGAAUAGCUUUCCUGCGCCUGUACCUGCCCCGCAGAAGCCGCACGGCGUGUGCUCGGCGCUGGGCCAGGAGCCCGGGGGGCGCCCGGGGGCCGACUGUGAAGUAUGUGAAGAAUUCUUGAACCGAUUCUACAAUUCCUUGAUAGCCAGAGGAAUUAACUUUUCUCUGGACACCAUAGAAAAAGAAUUGGUCAGCUUUUGCUUGGGCGUCAAAGGAAAAGAAAACCGCCUGUGCUAUUAUCUAGGAGCAACAAAAGAUGCAGCCACAAAGAUCCUAAGUGAAGUCACUCGUCCAAUGAGUGUGCACAUGCCUGCAAUGAAGAUUUGUGAGAAGCUCAAGAAGAUGGACAGUCAGAUCUGUGAGCUGAAAUAUGAAAAGAAAUUAGACUUAGCAUCAGUGGACCUGUGGAAGAUGCGAGUGGCAGAGCUGAAACAGAUCCUGUACAGCUGGGGAGAAGAAUGCAGGGCCUGCGCGGAGAAAGCUGACUACGUAAAUCUGAUCAAGGAGCUGGCACCGAAGUAUGCAGCGAUGCACCCCAGGACAGAGCUCUGACCCUCAAAUGCUGGGGCACCAUUGGUUGUAAUUAGAGACAAAAUGAGUCUCUAGGAUAUGGAUGAGUUGGUUAAAAGUAACCGGGAAUUGCACUGUGCAUGGUCGCAUACAUUUUGUUUUGAUAUGACACUUCAGGACUGGUUGCUUGGGUUUGUAAGUAAAACUGUUAAUAUUGGUGGUAUCUUACAUUUUCAGUGUACCAAAAUCUAAAAGUGCCUUUCUCAUAAUUUUCUGGUAAGGACUAUGCAAAUGAUUAUUGGCUACCCCCUAAAACUGGGAAAAGCGAACUAUUGAAAAAUUGAUGUAGUAAAUUGAUUCUAAGAAGGAGGAUAAUGCUCACAGGCCUCUCUGUGAACAAAUAUUUAAUUGAAUGGAUUGGAUUAGGACAGAAGGAACAAUGUUUAGCUUAUUAACUCUACACUUCAACUCAAAAUAAUAACCUGGCAUAAUAAAAAGUUUUUUU